CCUUCAGGGAGGAUCAGAGUCACAAGCCGCUGUGCACCAGAGCUGGAGAAAAUGUUAUCCUUGCUCCUGCUGAGCUUGGCUCUUUCAGCUGAGGUUCAAACCUCGUUUUCCUUCGAUCCAUCUACCGUAGCUGAGUAGCAAAGAACACAGUCUGUACCUUCAGCGAGUGUCUUACGACUGGUUUGAGCUGCAGUUCAAUGGUGGUGGAUCCUUGCUCUGCCUACAUCAGCUUGAAUGAGCCCUGGCGCAACACGGAGCACCACAUUAACACCUCGAACGGGACGCCCAUGUGCGACAAUAACAUGGACGGAGAGUGGUACCGCUUCAUCGGGAUGGCAGGCGAUGCCAUGCCCACAUUCUGCAUCCAGGAGAACCUGUGUGGUACUCACGCGCCCAUCUGGCUGAAUGGCAGCCACCCCAUGCCAUCCGAUGGCAUCGUGUCAAUACAGGCGUGUGCCAGCUUCAAUGAUAACUGCUGCCUGUGGAGCACCACCGUAGAUGUGAAGGCUUGCCCAAAGGGUUAUUAUGUCUAUCGGUUGCCCAAGCCGAGCGUCUGUUUCCAUGUCUAUUGUGGACAUUUCUAUGACAUUUGCGAUAUCGCGGAAUGUGAAGGGCACUGCACUGGUGGAGACGAAUGCCAAUGUGCAGCUGGUACCAUCCUGGGCCCAGAUUCCCAGACAUGUCUAGAUAUCAAUGAAUGUGAGGUCGAUAACGGUGGUUGCAGUGAGACCUGCGUUAACCUGCAGGGCUCUUUCCGUUGCGAGUGUGGGAUUGGAAGGUCUCUGGGCACCAACGCUGCCACAUGCGAGGAUAUUGAAGGCUGUCACAACAAUAAUGGAGGCUGCAGUCACAACUGUGUGCUGGUGGAUGGAGGCUAUCAGUGCGAGUGUCCACGUGGAUUAAUGCUCUCAGAAGACAAUCACACCUGUCAAGUACCAGUGCAAUGCAAAUCUGAAUCGAUUGAAGUGGCUGUACCCAAGGACUUAGUUGGGGGUUUGGACCUGUACCUCCUGAAUGCAUCAUGUAAAGCACUUUCUAAUGGGACUCAUGCUAACAUCAACUUUAAUCUGAAGAGCUGUGGCACAGCUAUUGAGGUUGUGGGUGAUAAGAUAAUAGCAAGGAACACUCUGACUGGUAUUCCUAAGCAGACUCCAGGCAGUAAUGGGGACUUUAUCGUCCGAACCAGCAAACUAGUGAUCCCCGUCACUUGUGAGUUCCCCCGCCAAUACACUGUGUCCGAGGGUUAUGUGCCAAAUCCUGCGAAUUCCCCACUGCAGAUUAUGGGGAGAAACCAUGGGCUGUUCCCAUUUGCUCUGGAGAUCUUCAAAUCAAAGGCAUUUGAUGAGACGUACAAAGAGACACCUCCAAUCCUCAAACUAAGAGACUCAUUGUACUUUGGGAUCGAGCCUCUCAUGCAUGUGGAUGGGCUUGAAGCUCUUGUGGAGAACUGCUUUGCUACUCCCUCGGCCAAAGCUGAUGAUAUCAUGAGGCACUACCUCAUCAAGGAUGGCUGCAUCAAUGACGAUACAGUCAAACAAGAGACAUCCGUGGAUCACCUAGUGAAACAUUUCUAUGUUCCAGUCUUCAAGUUUGUGGGAAAGGACAAUAAGAAAGUAUACCUGCACUGCCGAGUCCUGGUGUGUGGGGCCCAGGACACCCAGUCACGUUGCUCCCAGGGAUGCCGAAGGAGGAUGCGCAGAUCCACCAAGCCAGAGGAUACAGGCCACAUGAGGGACCAUCUGCUCACUGGAGGGCCAAUUGUGAUUGACACAGAAUAAUGGAACCUGGAGCUACUGCAACAUUCCACCCACCACUUUGAAGAGCUUUUAAUUUGUGCAUAGGUCACGUAAAGCAAAAAAAAAUUCCUUUUUUGUGGAACAUAGCGAGUUUUUUUUCUAGUAUUAAUGAAAAAUGACUACCUUGUUAUACAUACAAGACAAAUAUCACAAAAUAGAAUAAUGUUUAACCUUUUGUUUGAAAGUAAUACCUUAAUGUUAGUUACGUGUAAUUAUACCACUUUAAUAAAGAUGCCCCAGUAUACUUCAAUUUG